AUGGUCCGAAUCUACAAGCCCGGCAAGGUUGCGGUAGUGCUGAGCGGACGACAAGCCGGCAAAAAGGUGGUCAUCAUCAAGCAAGCCGACGAAGGUACGAAAGAUCGCCCGUACCCUCAUGCUGUCGUUGCCGGUAUCGAACGCUACCCGAGAAGAGUGACACGAAACAUGGGCGCAAAGAAGAUGCAGAGAAGGAGCAAGGUCAAGCCUUUCAUCAAGGCUUUCAACUACUCCCACUUGAUGCCGACCCGAUAUGCGCUUGAGAUGGACGGCCUCAAGAACAUCAUCUCACAGGACACAUUCAAGGAGCCAACACAACGCAAAGACGCAAAGAAGGAAGUCAAGAAGCUGUUCGAAGACCGCUACACUGCCGGCAAGAACAAGUGGUUCUUCACACCUCUCCGAGUGAGCGCAUUCGCCGGCUAUAAGGGAGCAGCGCUGACAUUGUAUUCCUGCAGUUCUGAGCGGCUUGCCGUUGUACUUGUGCUAGAGCGGGCAUGA